CCGGGGCAGCGGCCGGAGCGAGAGCCCCAUGCCCCGGGCGGGCUGAGGGAUUCGAAACCCAGAGUGGAGCCUCGACCCGGAAAGGUCCCGCUAGAGCGACAUGAUGGUGGAAUCCGCCUCGGAGACAAUCAGGUCGGCCCCGUCCGGUCAGAACGGAGUCAGCAGUCUCUCCAGCCAGAGCGAUGGUGGCGGUGGUGGCGCUGGAGCCGCAGGAACUGUGACAGGAGCAGGAGGAGGAGGAGGAGGAGGAGGAGCAGGGAGGGAUGGAGGAACCGGCGGGGAGAGCAACGGCGAGAUGAGCCCUGUGGAGCUCUUGCACUUUCAGCAGCAACAGGCUCUCCAAGUAGCCCGGCAGUUCCUGCUACAGCAAGCCUCAGGCCUGAGCUCUCCAGGGAACAAUGACAACAAGCAGUCGGCAGUACAGGUGCCGGUGUCUGUGGCCAUGAUGUCCCCUCAGAUGAUCACCCCCCAGCAGAUGCAGCAGAUCCUGUCACCGCCUCAGCUCCAGGCCCUGCUGCAGCAACAACAGGCCAUCAUGCUUCAACAGUUACAGGAAUAUUACAAGAAACAACAAGAACAGCUUCAUUUACAGCUCCUCACCCAGCAGCAAGCUGGGAAACAGCAACCCAAAGAGGCACUUGGGAACAAGCAGCUGGCCUUCCAGCAACAGCUCCUGCAGAUGCAGCAGCUGCAACAGCAGCACCUGCUUAACCUGCAGAGGCAGGGUCUGGUCAGUCUGCAGCCCAGCCAGGCAACGGGACCCCUCCAAACUCUACCACAGGCCGUGUGCCCAUCCGACCUGCCCCAGCUGUGGAAGGGAGAUGGGGCAGCUGCCCAGCCGGCUGAAGACAGCGUGAAGCAGGAGGGGCUGGACCUCACCACAGCAGCAGCCACCGCUACCUCGUUUGUUCCCCCUAAGGUCUCACCCCCCCUCUCCCACCACACCCUGCCCAAUGGGCAACCCACUGUGCUCACACCUCGACGAGACAGCUCCUCACACGAGGACACCCCUGGCUCCCAUCCCCUGUAUGGCCAUGGGGAGUGCAAGUGGCCAGGCUGUGAGACCCUUUGUGAAGACCUGGGACAGUUUGUCAAACACCUCAAUACAGAACAUGCACUUGACGACAGAAGCACAGCCCAGUGCCGGGUCCAGAUGCAGGUUGUCCAGCAACUGGAGAUACAGCUAGCCAAGGAGAGUGAGCGACUUCAGGCGAUGAUGGCCCAUUUGCACAUGAGGCCUUCAGAACCCAAGCCCUUUAGCCAGCCGCUGAACCUGGUGUCAGGUUCCUCACUCUCCAAGGUGACUGUCUCAGCAGCUGAUUCAUUCCCGGACGGCCUCGCCCACCCCCCCACCUCAGCUGCCGCCCCUGUUACUCCUUUACGCCCCCCUGGCCUCAGCUCUGCUACUCUGCACAGUGGGGGCCCUGCCCGCAGGAGGAGUAGUGACAAGUUCUGCACCCCCAUCUCCUCUGAACUGGCCCAGAAUCAUGAGUUCUACAAGAAUGCAGAUGUCCGACCUCCCUUUACCUAUGCGUCCCUCAUCCGACAGGCCAUCCUGGAGACCCCUGACAGGCAGCUUACUCUGAAUGAAAUCUACAACUGGUUCACCAGGAUGUUCGCCUAUUUCCGGAGGAAUACAGCCACCUGGAAGAAUGCUGUCCGACACAACCUGAGCCUUCACAAGUGCUUUGUACGAGUAGAGAAUGUCAAGGGUGCCGUGUGGACAGUGGAUGAGCAUGAGUACCAAAAGCGGAGACCACCAAAGAUGACAGGGAGUCCCACUCUGGUGAAGAACAUGAUCUCGGGUCUCAGUUAUGGAGCACUUAAUGCCAGCUAUCAGGCCGCGCUGGCAGAGAGCAGCUUCCCCCUCCUCAACAGCCCAGGAAUGCUGAACCCCGGCUCCACCAGCAGUCUACUGCACCUCGGACAUGAGGACGUGAGCAGUACUGUAGAGCCCCUUACCAGCAAUGGCAGCAUCAGUCCCCCACGCCUCUCCCCACCCCAGUACAGUCACCAGGUACAGGUGAAGGAAGAGCCAGCUGAGGCGGAGGAGGACAGUCGGCCUGGGCCCACCCUGGGCCCCACCAACCCCGGCACUGGGGCUCCCCCAGAAGACAGGGACCCUGAAGAGGAUCUGCCUGGGGAGGAACUGUCGUAAGGGCCUCUGGGGGAGGGGCAAGCAGGGAAGGAAGGGGGUGAACAUUCCCCCUUUCCCUCGCUCAGGAGACCCCCUCCUCAGGCUCUCACUUUCCCCUCCUCUACGCCCCCUUCUAGCCCCACCUCAAGGCACUUCCAGGACAGCAGAUUGGGGUGAGGGCUUCUAUGCCAUCCUACCUGUGACUCUGACGGACUCUCCCUGGCAGAGAUGGCCCCCUUCCCCUUCCACUGACCUUUGCUUCUCACCCUAAGACCAGCGGCCGGUGGUCUAGAACUGGAGGAAGAGCCAGGAGAGUGUGGACCCCCAGUACCUGACUUCAGCCUGUGUCCAAGCACCUCCCUCCCUCUCCCCACCACUCGACUUCACUCUCCAGUCCAUCCUCUCACCAUGACCACCACCAGCAAGACUCUCCCCACCACCUUUGCUUUCUGCCCCCUUCAACACCGAGACCCGCAGGCGGGGCUAACGAACCCCCAUUCCCACCAAGGCAGCAUUUGUCUCCCCCCCCUUCCCCUGCCCCAACUUUGACCUUGCACCCGCUUCUCCAAGAAGCCUGGCACAAGGCAACCUUGUCAAAGGAUUUAGAGCUGGAAGGGGCCAGAGAGAUGAUUUAGUUUCACCCCCUCAUUUGGCAGAUGGGGAAACUGAGGCCCAAGAAAAGGGAAGUGACGUGCUUAAAGCCACACAAACAGUAAGCGGCAGUCAGGAUUUGAACCCAGGUCUUCUGAUUCCAAGUCUGGUCCACUUUCUACUCCCCGGUACUAUACAAGGCUCCCUUCUUCCAUACUGUGAAUGAUCAACACCGGCCACCAGUCUCAUGGGGAAGGAGCAUCUCAGACUCUACCCCCACCCCCAGGACAAACCAGUUCUCCCUUCCCUGUGUAUCCAGCAGCCUCAGGGUUGCACAUGGGUGAGACCAGCUGGGGCUCUGGGACUGAAAGCAACUUCAAGAAGGGGACUGUUGAUGGAAAUACCCCUAAUGAGGAUAAGGCCUCUCCAGGGGAGGUGGGAUGGUGCCUCCCUCACACUUUCCCCUUGUCUUUGCUAUACCUGUUGAUAUCUGGCUCCGGCCAUCUCAAGUCAAACAGGGGCUGUGGGGCCCCCAUCUCCACUGUGUCCUGCAUGUAUCCUGUCUUCUUAGGAAGAGUGGGAGAUAUUGAGGGUCUAGAAGGAGGGAUGUGAGGGUGAGGAGGGGGUUGGGAAUAGAUUAUUUGCCCUUGAGGAGAAGGAGGAAGAGGGAAAAUGUCCCCGAGACUUUGGGAUUCACCCACGAAACUGAAGGCCUUGGUCCCCACUUGUGGAAGGUAAAAAUCCCAUGGCCUCCACUAGGUGUCCCCAUGGAGCUCGCUGCUGUAGCUGGCUGGCUGAGGGAGGAAGUGUGCCCCUCAGCCUCCAGUGGCGUUAGAAGAGGCUUGUGUAUGUGGGGCGGGGUCUGGGGAAGGUGGGAGGAGCAGGCCAGCUGCCAAGGCCAGAGGAAUGGGUUACCUCUUCCAAAGCUCUCCCUCCUAAUCCUCCUCCCGCCCCCUGCCCCCCACCAUUUCACAGCCCCUCUCAAUUCCUUCUCUUCUUUCCCCAGUUAAACAGAUGACCAAAGACCUUUCUUAUGCCAGAAGCAGAAACCAAAACUUUUUGUUUGCUUUUUUUUCCUUUGUCACCCCCUGCCCUCCAUUCCUGAUCUGACCUUCCGCCCUCACCCCCAUGGCUCCCUCAUCCUGCCAAGCUAGAAGCUGGAGGGAGGGGGGAGUCCCCUCCACUUAAGUUAUUGUUUUAAACCAAAGUUGACAGUGUCCGUUGGUGGCCAUGGCUUUCUUCCAUACCCCGGUCUUCAGCUGCCCACAGAAGGGACCUGGGGACAAGCUUCCCUACACUUGUUCCCUCCUCAUCAUUCUAUCCCUCGGCUGUCCUUCCCUUUCCCCUCUCAGUCGGGGCUUGGGAUCUGAGGGGAAGGAAGAGCUCCAAUGGGAUGAGCUCCCUUAGGCCCCCUGGGGCAACAGUGGCUGUCUCCAAGGGCCUCUAGGGAGAGGGGACAGUUGUAGGUUGCUCUUCCUGCUUUCCCUCUUACCCCCCUCCACCUCCAGUCAGUAUUGUGUCCCAGCCAGCCAGCCAUUCAGCCAGCCAUUCCUCUUGAUCAACCUCCAGUGUCCUCCCUGGGCUGGUUCCUGGUGUGCCCAUCAUCAUGCUCCUACUACUGCUAGAGCUGGAGACACAAAGGGGGAGGGCUGGAUUCUGAGGGUUCGCUGGGGAGAGAGCUGAAGCAGGUAAAGGGGCAGCCAGCUGUCAUUCCUUCCCCCCACUAUGGGGGACUCCAACUUCAGGUGAAGAGCAAGAUGUCAGGCUGCUAUGUCUGACACCCAUCCUGCCCCUAACUAGUCCCUCUGAUAGGGACAGGACCAGGAAGGGGUUGGAGGGGGACCUGAUGGACUAUUGUCUAGAAAGAACCCAGUUACCACCACAGACUGUGAUCCUCGCAAGUCCCCAGUAGGACUUGGGUGGCAAAAGGUCCCUGGUGCCUGUUAACCAUGAUACACAUCCCACUUUGUUCCUCGCCCUCUGACUUGUGCAGAAAUAUUAAAUGCCCUCUGCUCUUA